AUGAGCAGCUCCUUCCUCAAGGCCACGGCGGUUGCCAUGGUCGUCGUGUCCGUCCUCGCGACCACGGCGGAGGCAGCCUUCUCCUACUACAUCCCGACGCCUGCAACCCCCGACUUCCUCUUGUCGCCCAUCUUCCUGUGGGUGACAGCCAACGUCAUCAUCGUCUGGCUCGUUUCCUCCUCCCGCCGCCGUGGCAGGGCGGCCAACGACGACACCGUAGCCCCGUCCUCAGCAGCGCACGACGGCGAGUUUGUACCGGGCGCCGUAGAAAACAGCUUCUACGCGUCUUCGUCGGAGUACGAGGCUUUCUCCGACGCGGCGCCCAGCGGCGGCCGCCGUGCGGACGACGCGGUGCCCAGCGGCGGCCGCCGUGCGGACGACGCGCCGGUGUCGUCCAAGAGGCUGACCCGGGAGGCGAGAGCUGCGGCCAGGAGAAGCGACCGCCCCCGCGUGCGCAAGAAACCGGCCGUCCAGGACGCGCCGACGACCCCGCCGUGGGCCGUCGUGGCAGAUGCACGUGAUGAAACGGCCCACGACGAGAGACAUGGCCAGGCCCUGGAGGAGACGGCGCCUGCUGUAUCCGUCGACGACGACGAAGGCGACGUCUCCCUGGACUCGCUGUGGGCGUCGAUCGUGCAGCGGCGCGCGGCGCGUCCGGUGGUGGUGCAGAAGAGCGAGUCGUGGGGCAACGAGGAGCUGCCCCGGCUGCAGCGCGUGGCCGAGACGGCCGCGGCUGCGGAGCGGCGGCAGGUGCGCAAGUCCGUCUCGGCGGUCGCCAAGGCGUCGGCGGCCCCGACGCCGCCGGCACCGUCGGAACCGUCGGCGGCGGCCAGCAGGCAGAUGGGGUGGCGCACCCGGGACGUGCUGAUCACCAUCUCGCCGGACGAGCUGCUCCGGCGCGCGGAGAGCUUCAUCCGGCGGCAGCGCGAGCACCUGCGCCUGCAGCGGCAGGAGUCCGAGCAGCGCCAGCUGCUGCUGCAGCGUCGCCUCCACGCCCCCGCGCCGCCGGCACCUCUCAUCCGCGUCUAG